UGUAUUUGUAGUAACUAAAACAGAGAAGAAAAAAAAUUAAAUUAAAUAUGGAGAGCUAUUUGAAUGAGAAUUUUGGAGGAGUGAAGGCGAAGCACUCCGAGGAGGAGAUGCUCCGGCGAUGGAGGAGUCUUUGUGGUGUAGUUAAGAAUCCAAAACGUCGAUUUCGUUUCACUGCAAAUCUUUCAAAGAGAUAUGAGGCUGCCGCCAUGCGCCGUACAAAUCAUGAGAAAUUAAGGGUAGCAGUUUUGGUUUCCAAGGCUGCAUUUCAGUUCAUAUCAGGUGUACAAGUAAGUGACUACACUCUCCCUGAUGAAGUUAAAAAAGCUGGUUUUCAAAUUGACGCGGAAGAGCUAGGAUCCAUAGUUGAAGGCCAUGAUCUGAAAAAGGUGAAAUUUCAUGGUGGAGUGGAUGGCAUUGCAAAUAAACUGGCUACUUCAAGUACUGAUGGGCUAUCUACACGUGAUUAUAGUACUCUAAUCCGCAGACAAGAGAUAUUUGGAGUUAAUAAAUUCCAAGAAAGUGAAGCUCGGAGCUUUUGGUUGUUUGUUUGGGAAGCCCUUCAGGACAUGACCCUCAUGAUCCUUGGUGCUUGUGCAUUUGUUUCUCUACUUGUUGGCAUUGCAAUGGAGGGAUGGCCAGAUGGGGCUCAUGAUGGCCUUGGUAUAGUAGCUAGCAUAUUGUUGGUGGUCUUUGUUACUGCAACAAGUGAUUAUCGCCAAUCCUUGCAGUUCAGAGACCUGGAUAAAGAAAAAAAGAAAAUAUCCAUCCAAGUUACUAGGAAUGGGUACCGACAAAAGAUGUCUAUAUAUGAUCUAGUUCCAGGUGAUAUUGUUCAUCUCGCAAUAGGAGAUCAAGUCCCUGCAGAUGGACUCUUUCUUUCAGGAUUUUCUGUUUUAAUUGAUGAGUCCAGUUUGACUGGUGAAAGUGAGCCAGUGACAGUCACUGCUCAGAAUCCCUUUCUUCUUUCUGGAACCAAGGUUCAAGACGGGUCUUGUAAGAUGUUGGUAACAACAGUUGGGAUGAGGACUCAGUGGGGAAAACUAUUAGCAACUCUCAGUGAAGGCGGAGAUGAUGAAACUCCAUUACAGGUCAAACUGAAUGGAGUGGCAACAAUCAUUGGGAAAAUAGGCCUAUUCUUUGCUGUUGUGACUUUCGCGGUACUUGUGCAGAAAAUGUAUAGCCGUAAACUUACAGAAGGAUCACACUGGAGCUGGUCUGCAGGAGAGGCUAGGGAAUUAUUAGAAUACUUUGCAAUUGCAGUUACAAUUGUAGUGGUUGCAGUUCCUGAAGGACUUCCCCUGGCAGUGACGUUAAGUCUUGCGUUUGCCAUGAAAAAGAUGAUGAAUGAUAAGGCACUUGUCCGGCAUUUAGCAGCUUGUGAGACAAUGGGCUCUGCUACAACUAUUUGUAGUGACAAAACUGGCACGCUAACAACCAACCGCAUGACUGUAGUGAAAACAUGCUUCUGUAUGAAUGUCAAGGAUGUGCAUAAGCCGAGUGAUGCAUCCGCCCUUUGUUCUGAAAUCCCUGAUUCUGUACUCAAAACUUUGCUGCAGUCAAUUUUUAACAAUACUGGAGGAGAAGUUGUAGCUACCAAGCACGGGAAACCUGACAUAUUGGGAACACCAACUGAGACUGCUAUAUUGCAGUUUGGUUUAUCACUUGGUGGCGAUUUUCAGGCAGAACGACAAGCUGGGAAACUUAUAAAAGUUGAGCCAUUUAACUCUACAAGGAAACGCAUGGGUGUGGUGCUGGAGCUUCCUGAAGGAGGUUUAAGGGCUCAUACUAAAGGUGCUUCGGAAAUAGUUUUAGCUGCCUGUGACAAGGUAAUUAAUUCCAGUGGGGAGGUUGUUCCCUUGGAUGAAACAUCAAUGAACCAUCUGAAGACCACAAUUGAUCAGUUUGCCAAUGAAGCUCUUCGCACUUUGUGUCUUGCCUAUAUGGAGCUGGAUAAAGGAUUCUCCCCUGCUGCUGAUAUUCCAGUUUCUGGGUAUACUUGUAUAGGUAUUGUAGGUAUAAAGGAUCCUGUUCGUCCUGGAGUUAGGGAGUCAGUUGCACUCUGUCGUUCAGCUGGGGUCACUGUUCGAAUGGUUACUGGAGAUAACAUCAAUACUGCAACAGCCAUAGCUAGGGAAUGUGGUAUACUGACUGAUGCUGGUAUUGCCAUUGAAGGUCCAGUUUUCCGGGAGAAGAGUCAAGAGGAAUGGCUAAAACUGAUUCCCAAAAUUCAGGUGAUGGCUCGGUCUUCACCACUAGACAAGCACACGUUGGUCAAACAAUUGCGUACCACAUUCAAUGAAGUGGUAGCAGUUACUGGUGACGGAACUAAUGAUGCUCCUGCACUUCAUGAAGCGGAUAUUGGACUUGCUAUGGGCAUUGCUGGAACUGAGGUUGCCAAAGAGAGUGCUGAUGUGAUCAUAUUGGAUGACAAUUUCUCCACAAUUGUGACAGUAGCCAAAUGGGGACGCUCAGUCUAUAUAAACAUUCAGAAAUUCGUUCAGUUUCAGCUGACUGUUAAUAUUGUUGCAUUGGUUGUCAACUUCUUAUCAGCUUGUUUCACUGGAACUGCUCCACUUACUGCUGUUCAACUCCUGUGGGUUAACAUGAUCAUGGAUACUUUAGGAGCCCUUGCCCUCGCGACAGAGCCUCCUCACGAUGAACUAAUGAACAGAGCCCCAGUAGGCAGGACGGGAAAUUUUAUAAGUAACGUCAUGUGGCGGAAUAUCUUGGGACAAUCCUUAUACCAGUUCGUAGUAAUAUGGUUUCUUCAGACAGCCGGUAUGGGAUUAUUUCGUCUAAGUGGCCCUGAUGCUACACUAACCCUCAAUACAAUUAUCUUCAACACAUUUGUAUUCUGCCAGCUCUUCAAUGAAAUAAACUCCCGAGAGAUGGAAAAAGUUGAUGUUUGGGAAGGAAUUCUUGAUAAUUACGUAUUUGUUACAGUUAUCAGCGUCACACUUGUGUUCCAAAUCAUAAUUAUAGAAUAUCUGGGGACAUUUGCAAGCACAACACCCCUUUCAUUCUGGCAAUGGUUUGUUAGUGUAUUUUUCGGUUUCUUGAGCAUGCCAGUUGCAGUAGCCUUAAAGGGGUUUGAGGUAUGAAGUACAUGAAUUGAAGGUACCAGGUCUUUUUGUACAAUUCCUUCACGAGAGGAACCGGAACCGCCCUACCAACUCUCUCAGAUUGCCUGAAAACUCAAUAAAAAGAUUUGUUUUCUCUUUUGAUAUUGCAGCCUCAGUAACACAAUUGUAGAUCCCAAAAUUCCUUACAUUUUCCCUGGUUUUUCUUUAGCUCGAGGGGAAAAAGGAAAAAGAAAAAAGAAAACACCAAAAGAAUUAGGAGGAUCCAGUAUUCCAAAGUUUGUGAUUUGUGAAGAGUGUCUAGCCUAGGCUUUCAAACAGCUUGUGAUUUACCUAUAAUUUUAGCACAUAGAUCAGUACCUACUCCUUCAAACAGCUACUAGUAGUUCUUUAGCAUUUUUCUGAUUUGUUGGAUUUGUCAUGUAAUUAUUACUUUACCUGUUGAUGAAGAGAUUUUAUGCUUAAAGCUU